CGAACAUUGCUGCUAUUGGCUGCUGCUGACACGUGGGGAUGGGUUUCUCCAGCGUAUUGGAUGGCAGACUCCUCAGGCGGGAGUUUGCAAGCGGGACCAUACAUUUGUGGGCGCAACCGGCCAGUUCAGAGGAGCGGUUCCGGCCGAAGGGGACUGUUACUCUCUGCUCGGAAACUUUUAGGAUACCCUGUAACAAAGUAUAUAUACUUUUUUGCAUACCUCUAUGGAAAUGAAGGACAUAUUUACCCCAGACUGAAGACCCGUCAUUUAGGACUUAUUUAUCGAUUCUUUCUGUAAGCAGACAGCAACUUUUAACUGUUUUACUUGCGUUUUUAAGGCACGUGUACUAUUACUGCACUCGCAAUGGCCGACAGCAAGCAUCCGCACGUCAUUUUCUGCAACGACUCGCCCAAAAGAGUUUUGGUCUCUGUCAUCAAGACUCCCAUCAAACCCAGGAAAGUGGAGACUCUGACUCCCACGAGUCCAGGUUUCAGCGACUUCAUGGUCUACCCUUGGAAAUGGGGGGAAAACGCCCACAAUGUGACGCUGAGCCCGGGCUCGGCGAGCGGGGCCGCGUCCCCAACCGGGUCACAGACAACCAGGGAGGCGGACACAGCUCCGUCUCCUGACCAGAUCAAGGAUGGUAUCCGGAGAGGCCGGCCCCGAGCAGACACGGUGCGGGAGCUGAUAAGCGAGGGGGAGACCUCCUCCAGCCGGAUCCGAUGCAACAUCUGCAACCGGGUGUUCCCCAGAGAGAAGUCCCUGCAGGCUCAUAAGAGAACACACACAGGAGAGAGACCCUAUCUGUGCGACUACCCCAACUGCGGGAAGGCGUUUGUCCAGAGUGGUCAGCUGAAGACUCACCAGCGGCUCCACACCGGCGAAAAGCCGUUUGUCUGCUCAGAGAAAGGAUGUGGCAGUCGGUUCACUCAUGCAAACCGUCACUGCCCCAAGCAUCCUUUCUCUCGUCUGAACAGAGAAGAACCGAAGGCGAGUCUGGGAAAGGCUCAGUCUGUGGAUAACAAGGCAGUGGCAGAGUGGCUGGCUAAGUACUGGCAAACCCGCGAGCAGCGUGCGCCUACAACCACCAAGAUGAAGCCGCAGAGCAAGGCGAGCGCAGAGGACCAGGAGCAGCAGGAUCCCAUGGAGUUCCUCCACUCUGACGAGGAGAACGGAGAGGAGCCGGAGGCCAUGGAGGAGGAGAAGGGUAACCAGGGCGGUGCGGCCAAGAGGCGCCUUCAGGAGCAGAGAGAGCGUCUCCACGGCGCCCUGGCCCUCAUUGAGCUGGCCAACAACCUGUCGCCCUGAGCGCUCACCCACCCACCGAUCCUCUAAUCCGCCUUCCUGCAGAACAUGCUGUAGCUAAAAGUUCUUCAUAAACGCAGAUCAAUGCCUAGAUUAGUUGUAAAACCAGACUGAGAAAGAAUCAGACUUGGCCUGAGAUCCGUGUUAAAGCACAGAAUCACUCUCUCCCUCUCAGCACCAGGAAGGCACAAGCUAAAGCACCUUACUCGGCUUCCAUUUUACCUUUUUGGCUGCUAUAAACAUAGGUUUGACAACAUGAAGAAUGUCUCUUUCCUCUGCCUUAUAAAGGCAAAAGAAGAAUACCUAUUAUGUUUUAAUUUGAUUUUGUUUUGCACUUUGGUAACGAGUUUUUAAGUAUAUUGUGGGAAUAAGUGUAUGACUGAUGUAUAUGUAUAUAUAUAUAUGUGUGGAUUAAGCUCAGAUGGACCGAAUGACACAGGGUGUGGUCACAGAUCCGGCUGUCAGAUGGCCCAGGUGAACGGAGAAAGCUGAAGUGAAGUAGUCUUAGCCUCACUGUUACUACUCUGUUCACAAACCGGGCGAGCAGGAACAAAACAAAGCACAUGACAGCCAAUCAUUGCAAGCGUAAUCCAGAAGUCUGAUCAUGCAGAAGGUUUUAAAAAAACAAAUACAAACUCAGCCCCGAAAUGCUGCCAUGUUCUGCAGAACCAGCGAAGUAGUUGAUUAUGUUCUGUGUUCUGGAUUCAUAGUUUCUGUUAACAAUUCAGUUUUUCUUGUCAGAACUAGGCAUGGGCCAGUUGGCACCAGAAAGGUUUAAAAAAGUUCCAGUGUGAAACCCCCCCAAAAAACGCUUCAAUUUGCCGUCACACCUACAAGUUUGAAGUUUUCAAAAUGGGAUUUCUCCAGUUGUGUGGAUUAUGCACACUGCCAAUCAGCUGGCUGGAAAAGGGCUCUUAGAUUAUUUUUUGUCUGUUUAAAAAAGAAAAAAAAAAGCUAACUGUUAGGAAGUAUUUGGGAAAUAAAACAAAAACAUUCUUGCACAUUAGGAUUGUGCCAACAUUGAGCGAGAAUAGUCUGCUGCCUGUUAGCUGUCUGAAGCAUGGCUUUAUUUUCCACUCUUGCUUUAGAGAAAGGCAAUUUUGGUAGUUUGUAAAUAUUUCCUAUGAAAAAUAACACAAGGAGUUUGGUUAUUUAAGGAAAGAGCAAGUACAACAAUAAGGCAAUGUCUUUAAAGGAAAGGAAAAGCUUACAGGCUGAUGGGUCUAAAAAGUGUGUAAGUACUCAGAGCAGUGUGUAAGCACACCUUUCACCUCACACCUAAGAUGCUGCACACUGCUAGUUAACUGGCUGAAAGAAAAGGAUUGCACUUAUUUCUUUUCCUGAAUAGUUUAACCAGUUAGCCAGCUAUUAGCUUAUAGUUCUACCUAAAUUACUACUAUAUUUUAUCUUGUAAUUAUAGCUCAAAAUUAAAAAAAGAUGAAUACAAUCAGUAGGUUAAGAAAUAAUAUAUAUAUGUAUAUAUUUUUUUUUCAAUGAAGUAAAUUGGGUCACAUUAGUUUAGAUGCCAUAGUGUUUUUAUUUAGGAUUUCGUUACAGUAAUCUAAACAUUGGCCCAUGUCUAGUGACAAGCGAAAGCCUGCAGGUGAGAAUACGUUUUCCUUUCGAUGGGUCGUCGUCUUUUAUAUUAAAAGCUGACAGACCAGAUGUGAUACUGACAUGGCAUCAUAGCAGUGUGGCAAUUCUGUCAUCUCAUUUAAAUAUUAUUUCACUUUGUACGAUUUUUUUUUUUGCUGACAUCACAUAGUUGAGUGCUGGAAUUAUAAUUUAAUAGUGUGACAUAAAUCCAAAGUUUGUAAAACAUCAAAGUCACGAUGAAGCACUUACCACACCGGAGAGGCUCGGAUUAAGCUUGCAAUGCAGAAAAGAUUUGAUUCAUUGUUUGCUCUGGAAAUGGUUUUUAUUUUUCAUGAACUGAUUUGAGUGUUGCUGGGUGGGUUUGAAUGUUUCCCCCUUUUCUUUUUUUUUGUAAUUUUCUCAAUGUGACACUACAUCGUUUUAACACUGUACGAAGCCCCUCACUGAUGUUCUGCCUCUGUUUUGGUUUUAAUCCAGCUGUGCCCUUUCAAUCUGGUUUGCAAAUUACCCCUUAAAGAGGCAAAAUAAUAAUCCAAAAGAAGAAAAAUCCAAAUGAUUUAAUGAGCCCAAUGAUAAUAUAUUUGGAAGAGCUUCAACCCCUUAGUCUGUUUUGUGGUUUGAGUAAAUUAAGGCAUUUAAUAUAUAUAUAAAUAUAGUGUUCUUUAGAAGAUAAAAUGAGUAUGCACACUAUUUACAGAAAGCUUUGAAGUUUAAUUUUAGUUUUUUGCUUCUAACAUCCUUCAGCAGUGUUCAUGUUUGACAGUAGAGGGUGAUCCUGCUUGCUGGUAGAUGUUUUUAUUUACUCUUGACAGGCUGUCCACACUGUUAUCUCAUUGUUGAUCAUCAAUAAACAUUCACUGACUCUGA